AUGGUCCUCGAUACAGAAGAGAAUACACCCACCAUCAGCAACGGCAAGAAUGGCGGUUUCAUCUCAAUCGCACCAGACUACAACACUUUCACCAACGUCGCCUCCUCAAGCAGACACGACACAUCCACCGACUUCGUCACCCACGCCGAAGACACCCAACUCCAACGCGGCCUGCACCAACGCCACAUCUCCCUCAUCGCCAUCGCCGGCGCAAUCGGCACGGGUCUCUUCCUCGGUCUUGGCUCCAGUAUCCAGACCGCCGGUCCUCUCGGCGCCCUGUUAGGCUACGCCAUCGUCGGCCUGAUCGUCUGCGCUGUCCAGUUUGCCCUUGGGGAGGUCACGGCUUUGUUGCCCGUGACGGGCAGUUUUGUGAGACAUGCGGAGUUUUUGGUCGAUCCGGCGAUGGGGUUUGCGAUUGGGUGGAAUAUUGUUUAUGGGAAUUGGUUGAGUGUGCCGGCGGAGAUAAGUGCGAUUUGUGUGUUGUUUCAGUAUUGGACGGAUUUGAAUAGUAGUGUUUGGAUUUGCUUGGUUAUUGGGAUGACGUUCGUGGUGGGGAUUAGUUUGGUGAGGGUUUAUGGUGAGGUUGAGUUCUGGUUUGCGUUGCUGAAGAUUGUGUUUAUCAUCUUCUUGAUCAUUCUCGGGCUGGUGAUCAACCUCGGAGGAGUUCCUGGAGUCCCUCGCCUUGGAUUCCAUUACUGGAAGGAUCCUGGGCCAUUCGUGGAGUACAUUUCUACAGGCUCAUGGGGCAAGCUCCUCGGCUUCUGGACGUGUAUGAGCUCCGCGGUGUUCUCCUUUGCUGGAACAGAAUCUGUGGCUAUGGCGGCUGCUGAGACUAGAAACCCACGACAGGUUAUUCCUCGGGCUUGCAAACGGGUAUUUGCUCGCGUCUUCCUGUUUUACAUCCUUUCGGUGCUGGUAGUCGGGAUGCUGGUCUCGAGCGACGACCCGCGCCUUGCUGAUCAGUCCGGUACUGCAGCACAGUCCCCUUUCGUUAUUGCGGCUUCAGCGGCCGGCAUCAAAGCCAUCCCAUCUGUGGUCAAUGCAGUGGUCAUUACUUCGGCGUGGUCUUCUUCCAACCAGGCUCUGCUCUCCGGAACUCGUGUCCUCUACGCCCUAGCUUUAAAGAAGCAAGCACCCAGCAUCUUGCUGCGUACCACCUCCUGGGGUGUGCCGUAUGUCUGCGUGAUCGUGCAGACAACAUUCAUGUUCCUAGCAUUCAUGUCGCUGUCCGAUGGCGCUCUGACAGUCUUCUACUGGUUUGUGGAUCUUACAGCUUGCGGUGUGCUGAUCAGCUGGAUCUCGAUUCUCAUCAACCACCAACGCCUGAUCCUUGCCAUGAAGAAGCAGGCUAUACCCAUGUCAGCACUACCUUGGCACAACGGGUGGACGACUUUCUCGACACCGGCGGCGUUGGUCAUGUGUGUGGUCAUUCUUUUCACGGCGGGCUUCAGCACUUUUACGAAAGGCAAUUGGUCAACAAGUGGCUUUGUUUCGAGUUACCUGGACAUACCGCUGGUCUUGACGGCUUUCGUACUAUGGAAAGUGUUCAAGAAGACACGAUUCGUGAAGCUUGAGGAGAUGCCACUACAAGAUGCCCUUGGUGAGAUCGAGCGCAAGCCAGAGAUGCCGGAACCUGCGAAGAAGGGGUGGCAGAAGGUGAUUGGUCUGCUAUGGGACUGA